ACGCAUCGCCGCCGCCGCCGCCAUGGACAGCAGCACCUGGAGCCCCGGGACCGCCACCACCGCCGCGCCCCUCGCGUCCUAUGAGCGCAUCCGUAAUGCGGCCGACAUCUCUGUCAUCGUCAUCUACUUCGUGGUGGUGAUGGCUGUCGGGCUGUGGGCUAUGUUUUCCACCAACCGUGGGACUGUUGGAGGCUUCUUCCUCGCAGGACGAAAUAUGGUGUGGUGGCCGAUUGGAGCCUCUCUCUUUGCCAGUAACAUUGGAAGUGGCCACUUUGUGGGGCUGGCGGGGUCAGGAGCAGCUUCAGGCAUCGCCAUGGGGGGCUUUGAAUGGAACGCCCUGAUUUUGGUAGUUGUGCUGGGCUGGGUGUUUGUCCCCAUUUACAUUAAGGCUGGGGUGGUGACGAUGCCAGAGUACCUGAAGAAGCGAUUUGGAGGCCAGCGGAUCCAGGUCUACCUCUCUCUUCUGUCCCUGUUGCUCUACAUUUUCACCAAGAUCUCGGCAGACAUCUUCUCUGGGGCCAUAUUCAUCAACAUGGCCUUGGGCCUGGAUCUGUACCUGGCCAUCAUUCUCUUAUUGGCAGUCACUGGCAUUUACACAAUCACAGGGGGCCUGGCGGCUGUGAUUUACACGGACACCUUGCAGACUGCGAUCAUGCUGGUGGGGUCUGCUAUCCUGACUGGGUUUGCUUUUAAUGAGGUGGGAGGCUAUGAAGCCUUCAUGGAAAAGUACAUGAAAGCUAUUCCAACCAUGAUUUCUGAUGGAAACAUCACCAUCAAAGAAGAAUGCUACACCCCAAGGGCCGACUCCUUCCACAUCUUCCGAGAUCCCCUCAAGGGAGACCUGCCAUGGCCUGGGCUCAUCUUUGGGCUGUUCAUCCUCACCCUGUGGUACUGGUGCACAGAUCAGGUCAUCGUGCAACGCUGCCUCUCAGCCAAAAACAUGUCUCAUGUGAAGGGCGGCUGUAUCAUGUGUGGGUACCUGAAACUACUGCCCAUGUUCCUCAUGGUGAUGACGGGAAUGGUCAGCCGCAUCCUGUACACAGAAAGAGUGGCCUGCGUCCUCCCCUCAGAAUGUGAGAAAUAUUGCGGCAUCAAGGUUGGCUGUUCCAACAUUGCCUACCCAACUUUGGUGAUAGAGCUCAUGCCUGAUGGAUUGCGAGGCCUGAUGCUAUCAGUCAUGUUGGCCUCCCUCAUGAGCUCCCUGACCUCCAUCUUCAACAGUGCUAGCACCCUCUUCACCAUGGACAUCUACACCAAGAUCCGGAAGAGAGCAUCUGAGAAAGAGCUCAUGCUUGUAGGAAGGUUGUUCAUCCUGGUGCUGAUUGGCGUCAGCAUCGCCUGGGUGCCCAUUGUGCAGUCAGCACAAAGUGGGCAGCUCUUCGAUUACAUCCAGUCCAUCACCAGUUACUUGGGACCACCCAUCGCAGCUGUAUUCCUCCUUGCUAUUUUCUGGAAGAGAACCACUGAGUCAGGAGCCUUUUGGGGACUAAUCUUAGGAUUUCUGGUUGGGUUGGCCCGUAUGAUUACUGAAUUUGCCUAUGGAACUGGGAGCUGCACGGAGCCCAGCAACUGCCCCACAAUUAUCUGUGGUGUGCACUACUUGUACUUUGCCAUCAUCCUCUUUGCCAUUUCUGUCAUCACCAUUGUGGUCGUCUCCCUCUUCACCAAGCCCAUUCCAGAUGUGCAUCUCUACCGCCUGUGUUGGAGCCUGCGCAACAGCAAAGAGGAACGUAUUGACCUGGAUGCAGGAGAAGAGAAUAUCCAAGACACCUUGGAGGAGAGCAUUGAAAUAGAAGUUCCUGAGGAGAAAAAAGGAUGCUUCAGGAGGGCCUAUGACCUGUUUUGUGGUCUGGAUCAGCAGAAAGGCCCCAAGAUGACAAAGGAAGAAGAGGAAGCCAUGAAGCUGAAGAUGACAGACACCUCCGAGAAGCCUCUGUGGCGGACGAUAAUGAAUAUCAAUGGCAUCAUCCUGCUGACUGUGGCCGUCUUCUGCCAUGCAUAUUUUGCCUAAGUCCUGCCUUCUGCUGCAGACUGUGCUCAUGAAGGCCAGGCUCUUUACUCUGCCUCACUUUAGCCCCAUUGGAUGGUGUUGAAGGGAAACCAGCCAGUUGUAAAUUUUGCCCAGUUGAUAAAUCUGUACAUGCGUAAUUA